UUGCAGCAUCAGGGCUAUAACUGUCCGCUCUUGUUCUUUCAAGAUGCCCUUCGAAUUCAGAGCAUCUUCGAUUGCUGUCCUCUGCUAAGGACGCUCGGCUACGAUGUUCUUCGUAUGAAAGGGCUGCUAAGUGCUGAUAAGCUCAGGCACGCUGAAGAGGACGAAAUAAUAAUACCGAGAAGCGAUAGAAAAGUGCUGAUUUUCUUCAGCGGUACAAUAACAGUUGAGAAUGAGAAAACGACAACCUAUAGAUUGGAAGCGAACCGAGCGGAUUUCAGGCCGUACAUUAGCGGGAGGUCGCUUGUGAAAAGGAUUUUCAAGGAUCUCGCAACGAUGACGAUUGACCAUCGGUCGACUGUUCAACAGUUUAUGAGCAAGAUUGACGACUCUAGAAAACAGAUGCGAUUCGUGUUGGCUUCACAGAGAGGGGAGGCUCUGAUGCAGGAAAUGAUGAAAGGAGACCAACAUCUUUGUGCGGUGAUGAAGUUUUCCUACGGAAGGUACCGUGUUGUAGGCCUCAUAACACUCGAGGAUGUUAUCGAGGAAGUCUUCGGCGAUAUCGAGGAUGAUUCCGACAAGAUGUGGAACAACCGUCGAGCUGGCGUUCACAAGGAUCAGCAGACUCUGGACUGGUUUCGUACAUCCGAAGCAGAACAGUUCGCUGGCCUCGGAGUAAACGCAACGCUGAGACUAAUCCAG